AUGCAUGGUGUCGUGGGUGUAAGGCCCUAUUUGCCAAACUCAAAAUGUCUUCAAGAUUUCAAAAACAAAUGGAAUAAGACUUCAGGUGAUAUAAAUCUCUUUGGUUCGUGGGCAUAUGACACUGUAUGGGCAUUGGCUAUGGCUGCUAAAUCAUUGAAUCCAACUGCCUUGGAAAGCCACAAUUCUAGUAUAAACAGUAUUGAACCGUUUGGCAUAAGAGUGUCAGAAUCAGGUCCACAGCUUCUGCAAAAGUUGCUGCAAACUAAAUUUGAAGGCCUAAGUGGAGAGUUUGAUUUGAUUAAAGGGCAGUUGAAACCUACAGACUAUGAAAUAAUCAAUGUCAGAGGGAAAUUAGGAGAGAGAGUUAUUGGAAAUUGGAGCUUGGAGAAUGGAAUACCCCACGGUCUAGACAAAUCCAUGAAGAUUGUAAGAAAACCAAUUAUUUGGCCUGGAAACACCAAAGUCCCACCAAAAGGUUGGGUUAAACCUGUGUUUGGUACAAGGUUAAGGAUUGGGGUUCCUAUAACACCCGCUGGUUUUAAGGAAUUUUUGAAGAUAGAAUGGGAUCCUCAUACUAAUGAGCCUUCCUUCUCAGGGUUUUCCUAUGACAUCUUCUUGGCUGUAUUGGAUAAAUUGCCUUUUGCACUUCCUCACAAGUUCAUUCCAUUCACAAAUAGCUCCAGACAUAACAAUGGGACUUAUGAUGAGCUUCUUUAUCAGAUUAAACUUAAGAAAUUUGAUGCUGUAGUUGGAGAUACAACAAUCGUCGCAAAUAGGACUAAGUACGUAGAUUUUACAUCACCAUACACAGAAUCAGGUGUCUCAAUGCUGCCAGCAAUUAGUGAUAUUGAUAAGCUCAAAAGGAACGAUCAUUUUGUCGGUUACCUAAAGAACUCCUACGUCAAAGAGCUUUUAACACAACAGUUUAACUUUUCAGAGUCCAAGCUAAGAUCUUACAAAUCAUCAGAGGAGUACAAUGAUGCAAUGUCCAAAGGAAGCAAUGAUGGUGGGAUUGAUGCUAUCUUUGAAGAAAUUCCUUAUGUGAAGGUCUUCCUAUCUAAGUACUGCUCCAAAUACAGAGUGGUUGGACCAACCUACAAAUCAGCAGGAUUUGGCUUUGCUUUCCAAAUGGGGUCCCCUCUUGUCUCUUAUAUUUCAAAAGCAAUCCUAAAUAUCACUCAAGACCCUAAGAAGAUGCAGGAAUUGGAAUCCAAGUAUCUUGAACAUGGAGCCAAAUGUGAAGAUCCUGACUCCAAAUUCUCUUCCGAUGAUGAUCCUUGUCUCAGUGUGUACAGUUUCAGUGGUCUCUUCAUCAUCAGUGGAACGGUUUCAAUUUUUUCAUAUUUGACACAUUUGAUUAAACUGUGCUGCAACCGGCCAUCUGCUAUGAAAGUUAUCCAUCCGGAUAGCUCCCUUUGCCUUUGGUUCGUAGUUACUAAAAGGGAAAAGAGUUUCCAUAUGGAUGUCCCUAAUAAUUUACAUGCCAGAGCUGAUGUUUCAGUGAAUAAUAAUGGUGACCAUUUACAGAACUCUCCAACAGCUUUUAACUGA